GAGGCUAAAUGAUUCUCUAGAUAUUAUAUUAAAAUUAAUAAUUUUAUAUAAAGAGAAAUGUAUUAAUAUUGAAAAGGAUAUAAUGAAAAUACUUCAAGUAUUUACUGUUCAUAGCAAGAACAAAACUGUAACAAUUUAUUGUCUAAAAAUUUUCGCAAACAUUCAAUCCUUUUACCCAAACUUUUACAAAUGUAUAGAAAAUGAUGAAAUAUCAUUUUACUUAAAAAGCAAAGUUGAUGAAUUUAUUGAAAAAUGUCCGGAUUUUAAUGUUACCCUUCAGGAUACAGAAAAUGAUGAAAAUAAUAGUUCCCGCAAUAGCGAUAAUACAGAAGGUAAUUCAAAGGAUGUAGAAAUCAACGAAUUUGUUAAUUAUAUUAAGAACAAUGCAAACCAAAGAAUGUCAAUAAAAAAGGAUGUGGAAGACCAAGUAAAUGGGUUUAAUAAGGAUGUGGAAGAAAUAUUAGAAAUAAAAAAAAAAAUUGAGGAAUUUGAAAUUAAUAAAACAAAUGAUGAUUAUAUAAAUAAUCAAAUAUCUUAUACAAGCAUAUCAAAUGAUUUGAAUUUUGUUAUGGACGGAAAUAAUUAUUCUAAAACUAAAGAAAUCAAUAACAUAAUGGAAUCAAACUUAAAUGAAAAAAUAAAAGGAUUAAAUAAUUAUAAGAAUUCAAUUAUUUAUUUUAGAUUUGUUUACUUAACCUCUUUGUUGUAUUCCAAUGAUAUAGAGACUAUAUCUAAGGUGUGCAAUCUUAUUGUUGAUAACACUAUAUAUGUAGGUAAGAAGAGUAACAGGGGUAAUUUCCUUCUAAAGGAGAACGGCAAUUAUAUAUUUAAAAAUUUGAAUUUGUUUAUUAUUUUGUUGAAGGGAGCAAACUAUGCGUUGAGAUAUUUAUUUCGUGAGAAUUUUGAGAGUGAUUUGAAUUCGACUUCAGUACAUUUGAAUGCUAUAUUGAGUACUCUUUUAUUAUUGGAUAUAUUGAUGAAAAAGAAGAGUUGUGUUGAGAAGCUUUCCUUUGAUCAUUUUUCGUUUUUUUUUAUUAAUGCAAUAGUAUGUUUGAGUAUAUAUACAAAAGUAAUUCAUAAGCAUAAGCAUAUAUAUCGUAUAAAGGAUGGAGAAAUAGCUCGAAACUUGAUAACGCGUAUAUUAAAUAAUUUAUUGGGAAGAGAAUUUUUAAGUAACCAUACGAAAUUAUUAGAGUAUGUGUGUAACGUAGGUUUUAAUUUAGGAUUUGAUAUAAUUAAUAAUAAUAAUAUAUUAUUGGAUGAAAUGGAAUAUGCGAAUGAAUUUUAUAUAUCUAUUAAUACAUAUGUAAGAAUAUUGAAUAAGAUAUAUAAGAAGAUAAUAAAUAGAAUAUUUGAAGAAAAUACGACGGAUAGUCGUUUUGUAUAUAAAAUAUUGAAUAUAUUAUUUAUGAACUUGAAUAAGUAUGAUAUGUAUUUAUGUAAAAUGGACACUGAUAAAAAUAGAAAGAGGAAAAUGGAUAGUAGUGAACAUGAUGAGAAUAGGAGUGAUGGAAGGUUGGGCAUAAUAAAUGGUAUGAUUGGUUCUAAUCAUAAUAUUAAUAAUAAUAAUGGUGGUAGUAGCAAUAAUAAUAAAAAAAUAUGUAACGAAAAAAACAAUAAUGGUAAUCAUAGUAAUAAUAAUAAUAAUAAUGAUUGUAGUAAUAAUAACAAAGAUAACACCAUUAACCUUAAAAAUAGUAAUAACUUUAAUAACAAAUUUAAUCAUUUCAAUCAAAAGAAUACUAAUAAUAAUAUAAAAAGUGUUAGUAUUAAUCACAAAAAAAAUAAAAAUAGUAGUAGUCAAACAAAUUUUUCUUUUAAUCAAAACAAUAAUCCUGUUGAGCAGUACAAUAGUUUUAAUAAUACUAAUCGUAACAGUAAUAGUUGUUAUGGGUAUAAUGAAAAUGAAGUAGUAUGUAAUAAAUCGGAUUACUAUAUUUUUGAUUGUCAUGGUACGUAUUGGGAAAAUAUAAAUAUUGAAGAGAAUAAGGCAGAUGUUUUUGUAAAGAAUAAUUAUGAAGAAAUAGAAGUAGGUAUGGAAAGGAAAAAUGUGAUACGUGAAUAUAGUAAAGAAGAGAUGGAUAAAAUUAAUAUGAACAAAAUGGAUUUUAUGAAUACGUUUUUAUUUUUUAUUCAAUUAUUAUUUUAUGGUAUAAAAAAAAACAAUCCAUUAAUAUUAUUAGCAUAUAUAAAUCAUGAAUUAAUAAGUAAAUAUCAUGAUAAUUUAAAAUAUUAUUUUAAAAAGAUGGAAAUAUUAUUAAAUAAAGAUUUAAGAGAAGAUGUACCUAAUAUUAAUUUUUUUAGAUAUUCUGAAAUAUAUACAUUACCAUUUUCAUUUGAUAAAUUUAUAAAUGAAUAUAAUUAUUUAAAAGAAAAAGAAUCAUCUACGUUUCAAUCAUAUAAUAGUGUAUUAGAAAUACGUCAGCAUUUUGAUUCAGAGGUUAUAUAUAAUAAUUUCGAUUUGUCUAUUGAUGAUGUUAUACAAAAAAAGAAAAACUUUUUAGACUCAUUAAAAAUGAUUAAUAUAAAUGAAAUAACAUUUAAUGAUAAUAAAUAUGAGCAUUUAAAAGAAACCAUUUUACAAUAUAUUAACGAAUUAGAAAAUAAACAAUUAUUUUGUGAUAUAAAAAAUGCGCAAUAUCUUUCGAAUUAUAACUUUAUAAGUUCUAUGUAUACAAACAAUGCAAAGUUGGGCGAAGAAAUGGAUAAUACAAAUAAUGACAAGCAAAAAGUUUAUACUAAUACUAAUAUUAAUACUAAUACUAAUACUAAUAUUAAUACUAAUACUAAUAUUAAUACUAAUACUAAUAUUAAUACUAAUACUAAUAUUAAUACUAAUAUUAAUACUAAUACCAAUAAUGAUAAUAUGAAUAAUACGAAUAAUAUUAAUCUAGAUAGACCACAAGAACAAAUACCAUUAAAUGCACACAUUUCCCCUAUAUAUUAUGAAGACAAAAAUAAUAUACAAUUCAUAAAUAAAAAAAAAGCAAACACGAAUAAUAUACAGAAUAACGAAUCUGUAGUGAACAAUAAUUUUUCAGAGGAUCGUGUUGUAGAUCAAAAUAAAAUGAAGAUCAAUGAGAAGGAUUAUGUGACACAUAAAAAUGUGGACGAAAAAGUACGGGAGGAAAAUUUCGUGCAUGAAGAAUUAAAGGAGCCCAUAAUUAAUGAUAAACAAACGUUUGAAUACUUUUGUGACACUGCUUAUGAUAAAUUCUCCAAGGAGAAAACACAAGAAUUAAGGAAUAUUAUUAUGACCAAUGAUAAAAAAGAAGAAUUAGAAAAUAAAAGCGAAAUGUGUAAAAAUAUUACAACAAAUGAUGCUACACAUAUAAGCCAUAGUAUAUAUCUACGUAACUGCACUAUGGAAAAUAUAGACAUGAAUAAAAUGAACGAUGAACAUCUUUCAAUAGGUAAUAUUACAAAAUCCAGUAUACCAGUGAAAGAGAACAUAUAUAUGGAUAAAAAUAAUUAUACUAGAGAAGAGGAUGCACAAAAUAUAGAAAAGAAUAUUCAUUAUAGAAAAACAAACGAAUUCAUUAAGAAUGAUAAGAAAAAUGAUAAUCUUAUUGAGCACGAAAAAAAUAACUCCAACUUGAGAUAUCGAAAAGAUGGUGCAUUGGAUAAUUUUAAUAAUGUUUUUUCAUCAUAUAAUAAUAAUAAUGAUGGUGAUGGUGGUGGUGGUGUAUCUAAUCAUAGGAAUACUUUUGUGAAUAAAAAUACCAAUGUACACCUUGAUGAACAGACAUGUAAAGGAAUAGAAAAUAAAGCAUAUAAUAAUGAGGAACAAAAAGGUUUUAAGGAUGAUAAUUUAUAUAAAGACUUAUUUGAAAAAGAAGAAGAAAAAAAUAAAGGAGAUAUACAUAUUCACAAUAAAAUAAAAGAGAAUGAAGAAAAAUAUACACCAUCUUAUAAUUACAGUAAAGUGGAUGAUAAAAUAAUAAAUGUUGAUCAGGACAUUAAAAAGGAAACAAAUAUAAAUAUGUGUAUCUUAUUAAAUGAUAAUGAUUAUAUUAGAAAAGAAAAAAAGAGUACACAAAAUUUUGUACAAAAUAAUAGUAAAGAUGAAAUUAUGGAAAAAGAUAAAGAUAUGGAUCUUUUAAAAAAAAAAAAUAAUAUUAAUAUUAAUAAUAAUAUUAAUAAUAAUAAUAAUAAUAGUAGUAAUAAUAGUAAUAAUUCAUCUUAUAAUAAUUGUAAUGAAAAGAAAAAAAGUAACGAAUCAGCCAGUUCUGUUCUUAGUAAGGAAAUUACACUCAGUGAUAAAAAUGGGAAUAUUAUAAAAAAUACUCAUCAAACUUUUUUAAGAAGUAAUAAAAGUAAUGUACAAAAUUUAAUAAAAAAGUAUGAUAAUCGUAGAGAGUCUCCCAACGUUUCUCACAAAACGGCGAAUAGUAUAAAACCAAAAAGGCACUUAGAAAAUACAAAAAUUAUUAAUAAAGCUAACGAUACAUUUUUACAAGUUCAGGAUCAGAGAAAUAUAAGUAAUACUAGCAACAGAAGUAAUAAUAAUCAUAUUAACAACAGAAGUAAUAAUAAUCAUAUUAACAACAGAAGUAAUAAUAAUCAUAUUAACAACAAAAGUAAUAAUAAUCAUAUUAACAAUUGUCAUUAUAGUGAUAGUAACGAUGCCUUUAAAACGAUAUUAAAGAAUGCUUCUAAUAAUUCUUAUCAUAAUAUAAACACUGACAAGGAAAAUAUAAAAAUCAUGGGAGAUGAAAAAAGUACAAGCCAAAUGUUAGUUACAAAAUCGAAUAUAGGAAGUGCUAAUCUCGUAUCGAAUGUUUCACCUGAACCACUAUCUGCUAAUAUAACAAAAAAUAAUAAUACAUAUCUUCUUAAUAAAAAUAAUGACACAUAUAUAGAAAAAAGUAAACACAUGUAUGAACAUAAAAAUACCAAUAUAGUUUCUAGAAAUAAUAACCCUUCAGAUAAUUACAUGCAGAAUAAAGAAAAUGAUAACAAAAGUAAUGCAACAUCUAACUAUUCAACCAAAAGAAAAAAUUGUAUUGGUAUUUCAAAUCCAUUAAAAAAAAAAAAUACGAAUAAGUAA